UUGUGGAUGGGUAGCUCGCCUGUGGACCAGAUUGUGGAAAAUAACACACUCUGUUGGUUGGUUGGUUGGUUGGUUAGUUGGUGUGUGACAUCAGUCUGUGUGUAUGUGAAACAUGGGCGGUCCACUGAGGAUGGCUACUUUAGGAGAGGACUCGUAUCCUGACGGACACAGAGAGCCCGAUAACGGCAAGAAGAUCAGCUGCUGGUGGAUGCUCGUCCUCCUCUUUAUUGUGAGAUCGCUGCUGAAAAGGAAAGGACACUAGUACAAAAAAGGAGCACCUCCCUCUACUGAAACACUUCUGCAUCCACCCUCCUUCUUUUUCGUCUUUCUUCCCCCUGCACGGCUUCUCAGCAUUCCCUUGGAUUCUUCCCGUCUCUGCUCUCACCUGAGAUCCCACCAUCAUGGAUCGCUCAGUACAGGAGCUUUUCCUCAACUUUAUGAUCGUCUUAAUCACCGUGAUGCUGAUGUGGCUGCUGGUGAAAACAUACCAGGACUGAACCAUGCAACGAGAGGUGAUGGAGGGAACCUAGCACGGUUUUAUAAGACUUUUCAUUGCUACUGAUUGACCUGUUUCCAAACAUGGGGUUUACAUCUCUCAGCUCUUUCAGUACACAUUGAUAUUUCUAGUCCAGAAUAUUUCAGGAAUGCCAAAGCUCUGUGUCAUUUUUUUUCACUGCUAGAUGAGCAGCAUGUCAUUUUGGGGAGUGAAGCCCUUGGAUCUGUAUUUGUAUUCAGAGAUGUUUUUAAACGUGGUCUUGAAUUUUGGCAAAAGCCAAACUUGAAGUCAGAGAAGAGAUUGAAGGUGAAAUAGAAAUACAUUGAAAGGGAUUUAAGGUCCUGUUUUUUCCUCCAAUAGCAAUGUCUAGACCUACAUAUGUACCUCUAAACAGUGAGCAGUGCAUGCCUCUGUGUCAUUCAUAUAACUGAUGGUACAUUGAUCCAAGCUGUGGUGUCUGUUGUUCUAUUUUAAGUGAUGAAUGUGCGAAAUGCAGACUCUGUAUUCAUUGAAAGAGGACGUCGACACAAAUUUUGAAGCUCUAUGUUUAUGUUCAUUUUCACUUGCAAUUAAACAGUCGUCCAUGUA